UGAAUACUGAGGGGCGAGGACAGAUUAAAAAUGUGAAUAUUUUCCUUUCAAACUGGAUCACCUCCUUUUCCUCGCAGCUCUGCUCCUCGCUUGCCAGUUCCAAAGGUUACCCGUCUCCCAGGCCAGCCAGAGUAAAGGUCCAAUCUUUUGCCUCAGGUUCGCCUUCCGCCACCCAUACCAUCCCACUAUCGCCGCCGCCAGCUCCGGCGUAUUCUCCAUUUGUAAUCUCUCUUCCCAAAAUGUUCCUCGAGGUGCAGCUUCCGUGGAAUGUUAUCAUCCCUGCAGAGAACCUCGACGAGAAGGGGCUGAUGCUGCAGAGAUCCAUUAUCAUCCGCCUCUUGGAUGACUUUGCCUCCAAGAAGGCCACUAAGGAACUUGGCUACUACCUCGCUGUGACAACUCUCCUCAACAUCGGGGAAGGUAAGGUGAGGCAACACACGGGUGAUAUCCUCUUUCCUGUGGUGUUUCGCGGGAUCACCUUCAACCUCUUCCGAGGGGAAAUCGUGGAAGGUGUUGUCCACAAGGUGCUGAAGCACGGGGUAUUCUUGAGGUGCGGGCCCAUGGAGCACAUAUAUCUCUCCAGCACUAAGAUGCCUGACUACAGAUACGUGCCUGGGGAGAACCCGGUUUUCCUGAAUGAGAAGCUGUCGAAGAUUGGGAAGGAUGCGAUGGUGCGCGUCAUCGUGCUCGCAACCAUGUGGUUGGAGGUGGAGAGAGAGUUCCGUGCAUUGGUGAGCUUGGAGGGCGACUUCCUAGGGCCUGUUUCUUAGCUUUAGAACAUCUGCUUCAGCUGUGCCCCCAUUAAUCACUAGGAAUGGUUAGUUAGGACUGCUGUAUGAUAUUAACCCUGAGACUACAUUUGGUACGUAAUGUGCAGAGGAAAGGAGAUCGAUAUAUGUGUGGCUUUUGAGUAUGUUUGUUGCUUGUGGAUUAUUGGAAAAUGCAGCAGUUCAUAUGUAUAUAUAUGUUUGAUGCUGCAGUAGAGCUCAGUCUUACCAGUGGUUCUACUAUUGGAAGCAUCGUUCAUGCGAGGAACAAACGCAGUUCUGUCAGGGUUGAUUUCCCGUAUGUUUUCUUUGUUGCGACCCAAAGACAUUGGAUAUAUUGCUGUGAAUUGAUGGGCCUGCUCGACGUA